ACCGUCUGGGCCUGGGGCCUUGAGGCCCGGGGAGAGCGGGGCGCUGGGCCGGCGCGCCGAGAUGCUGCUGCUGCUGCUGCUGCUGCUUCUGGCGCCGCUCUUCCUCCGCCCCCCGGGUGCGGGCGGGGCGCAGACCCCCAACGCCACCUCAGAAGGCUGCCAAAUCAUACACCCUCCCUGGGAAGGGGGCAUCAGGUACCGGGGCCUGACGCGGGACCAGGUGAAGGCUAUCAACUUCCUGCCCGUGGACUAUGAGAUUGAGUAUGUGUGCCGGGGGGAGCGUGAAGUGGUGGGGCCCAAGGUCCGCAAGUGCCUGGCCAACGGCUCCUGGACAGAUAUGGACACACCCAGUCGCUGUGUCCGAAUCUGCUCCAAGUCUUAUUUGACCCUGGAAAAUGGGAAGGUUUUCCUGACGGGUGGGGACCUCCCAGCUCUGGACGGAGCCCGGGUGGAUUUCCGAUGUGAUCCUGACUUCCAUCUGGUGGGCAGCUCCAGGAGCAGCUGUAGUCAGGGCCAGUGGAGCACCCCCAAGCCCCACUGCCAGGUGAAUCGAACGCCACACUCAGAACGGCGCGCUGUGUACAUCGGGGCGCUGUUUCCCAUGAGUGGGGGCUGGCCCGGGGGCCAGGCUUGCCAACCCGCGGUGGAGAUGGCGCUGGAGGACGUGAAUAGCCGCAGGGACAUCCUGCCGGACUAUGAGCUCAAGCUCAUCCACCACGACAGCAAGUGUGACCCAGGCCAAGCCACCAAGUACCUGUACGAGCUGCUCUACAAUGACCCCAUCAAGAUCAUCCUCAUGCCUGGCUGCAGCUCCGUUUCCACGCUUGUGGCUGAGGCCGCCAGGAUGUGGAACCUCAUUGUGCUGUCCUAUGGCUCAAGCUCACCAGCCCUGUCAAACCGGCAGCGUUUCCCCACGUUCUUCCGAACUCAUCCAUCAGCCACACUUCACAACCCUACUCGUGUGAAACUGUUUGAAAAGUGGGGCUGGAAGAAGAUUGCUACCAUCCAGCAGACCACUGAGGUCUUCACGUCGACUCUAGAUGAUCUUGAGGAACGAGUGAAGGAAGCUGGAAUCGAGAUUACUUUUCGCCAGAGUUUCUUCUCAGAUCCAGCUGUGCCAGUCAAAAACCUUAAGCGCCAAGACGCCCGAAUCAUCGUGGGACUUUUCUAUGAGACUGAAGCCCGGAAAGUGUUUUGUGAGGUGUACAAGGAGCGUCUCUUUGGGAAGAAGUACGUCUGGUUCCUCAUUGGCUGGUACGCUGAUAACUGGUUCAAGACCUAUGACCCGUCCAUCAACUGCACGGUGGACGAGAUGACCGAGGCAGUCGAGGGCCACAUCACCACUGAGAUUGUCAUGCUGAACCCUGCAAAUACCCGCAGCAUUUCCAACAUGACAUCCCAGGAGUUUGUAGAGAAACUGACUAAACGACUUAAAAGACACCCCGAGGAGACAGGAGGCUUCCAGGAGGCGCCGCUGGCAUACGAUGCCAUCUGGGCCUUGGCGUUGGCCCUGAACAAGACAUCUGGAGGUGGCAGCCGCUCUGGUGUGCGCUUGGAGGACUUUAACUACAACAACCAGACCAUUACUGACCAAAUCUACCGGGCAAUGAACUCCUCCUCCUUCGAGGGAGUCUCUGGCCAUGUGGUGUUUGAUGCCAGCGGCUCUCGGAUGGCGUGGACGCUUAUUGAGCAGCUACAGGGUGGCAGCUACAAGAAGAUCGGCUAUUAUGACAGCACCAAGGAUGAUCUGUCCUGGUCUAAAACUGAUAAGUGGAUUGGAGGCUCCCCUCCAGCUGACCAGACCCUGGUCAUCAAGACAUUCCGCUUCCUGUCACAGAAACUCUUUAUCUCCGUCUCAGUUCUCUCCAGCCUGGGCAUUGUCCUAGCUGUUGUCUGUCUGUCCUUUAACAUCUACAACGCCCAUGUCCGUUAUAUCCAGAACUCACAGCCCAACCUGAACAAUCUGACUGCCGUGGGUUGCUCGCUGGCAUUAGCUGCUGUCUUCCCCCUGGGGCUGGAUGGUUACCAUAUUGGGAGGAACCAGUUCCCCUUUGUCUGCCAGGCCCGCCUCUGGCUCCUGGGCCUGGGCUUCAGCCUGGGCUAUGGCUCCAUGUUCACCAAGAUCUGGUGGGUCCACACUGUCUUCACAAAGAAGGAGGAAAAGAAGGAGUGGAGGAAGACCCUGGAGCCCUGGAAGCUGUACACCACCGUGGGCCUGCUGGUGGGCAUGGACGUCCUCACUCUGGCCAUCUGGCAGAUUGUGGACCCCCUGCACCGAAUCAUCGAGACUUUUGCCAAGGAGGAACCAAAGGAAGAUAUUGAUGUCUCUAUUCUGCCUCAGCUGGAGCAUUGCAGCUCCAGGAAGAUGAAUACUUGGCUGGGCAUUUUCUAUGGUUACAAGGGGCUACUGCUACUGCUGGGAAUCUUUCUUGCUUAUGAGACUAAGAGUGUGUCCACUGAGAAGAUUAACGACCACCGGGCCGUGGGCAUGGCCAUCUACAACGUGGCGGUCCUCUGUCUUAUCACUGCCCCCGUCACCAUGAUUCUGUCCAGCCAGCAGGACGCAGCCUUUGCCUUUGCCUCGCUUGCCAUCGUUUUCUCCUCCUACAUUACUCUGGUUGUGCUCUUUGUGCCCAAGAUGCGCAGGUUGAUCACCCGGGGGGAAUGGCAGUCCGAGGCACAGGACACCAUGAAGACGGGGUCAUCGACCAACAACAACGAGGAGGAGAAGUCCCGGCUGUUGGAGAAGGAGAAUCGCGAGCUGGAAAAGAUCAUUGCAGAGAAAGAGGAGCGCGUCUCUGAACUGCGUCAUCAGCUCCAGUCUCGGCAGCAGCUCCGCUCCCGACGCCACCCCCCUACCCCCCCAGACCCCUCUGGGGGCCUCCCCAGGGGGCCCCCUGAGCCCCCCGACCGGCUUAGCUGUGAUGGGAGUCGAGUCCAUUUGCUUUACAAGUGAAGGGGGAUUGUAAGGAGGAUAGGCCAGUGGGGGGAGGGGAAGGGGAAGGGAGAGGGGAAGGGUGGGGGACUUGGGAGGAAGCAGGGGAUCCCUGUCCCCACUGGGGAACAACAUGCUCUCCAAUCCCACUGCUUGUACAUACAGGUCCUUCUGUGAGUCCCAGGGUUAUCUAGGUCUCCAGUACUCUGAAUCAGACCUUGUCCCUUUUCUUCAUUCACAUAAUUGUAUAUCAUUUUUUCAUAAUUUACUUUGUGCCUUGCUUGAAGCUACUCAUUCACUGACUCCUUGGCAGCCUCAUUACAUCCCUCUCAGAAAACAUUUCUUCUGUCUAGUUGUCACGGCAACCCUCAGAAGCUCCCGUCGCCUUUGUGCUCUGCUGCCAUCCAGCAGGGAUCUCCCCACGAGUGCUCUUUCUACCCCUUCCCUCUCCCCAUAACCUCCUUCCAUCCUCUUCGCCCCUCCACACAUUUCCCAAGUCUUGUUUCCCUGGACUUCUGCUUCUUCUGGGGACUCAUUCUUCUCACCAGGGCUCCCAUGUUCCUUGCCUCAGCUGUGUGCUCACAGGCAUCCAUACAGCCUCGCCUCUCCUGCUUGCUCCCGUUGGACACUUCAUGUGCACAUUUGCUUUUUACAUGUGCAUCCUUCAGCCUUCCCAGAGUCACAUGUGCUCCUUGAGUACGCUCUGCUAUCUGCUUCUCUUGUGCCCUGUGAGUGUUUGGGUAGGUGUGUGCAGUUUGUCCAGCAUGCUCAGUCAUAUCUCCUCUACUUGCACAAUCCAUGCUUAUCCAUGUAUUUUCCCCGAGUGCCCUCGCAGUACCUUUGCACCUUAAAAUCACUGCAUCCUUCCAUCCUUCCAGCAGAGCCAUUUGCACCUUCCCUGCACAUUGUUAUGCACUUUCCUCCAAUUCACAUGUAAUGGGGACAUCCUCACCCCUCUCCUUGUCACACUUGGUCUCCACUCCCACGUUCCCCUUCUCUCCUUGGCACUCAUAUACCACUCUCGGUCCACUCACAACCAUCCUCUCCCACUGUCACUCCCUUUGUUUUUUUUUUGGUGGGGGGCAGAAUUGAGAAGGGAGGCAUGGGGCGCAGGCUUGGAGAGCUGCUUCCCGUGGGUAGUUGGUGAGAAUUCUGACCAGAGGAAGGCACCCCUGCCUGCUUGGAUGGACAGAUGGACCGAUGGGACAGGAGGUAGCGUCCCUUUCACACUGUGGUGUCUCUUGGGGAAGGAUCUCCCCGAAUCCUCAAUAAACCAGUGAACAGUGUGAGUCA